CGAAAGCAUGCGGCGCGAGUCUCGUCGAGUACUUUCGUUUCGCGCGUCGUGAAUUCAUUCGUAUCACUCGUCAUUCAUCGCCAAAUUAUCCCAGCGGCAAGGUCUAGUAAUUUCUUCAUUUAGAUUCAAUUGAACGACUCGAACCGCUCACCAUACAUUAAUUUUUUUGAUUAAAUUUGGCGAAAGUAGUGCCGAUCCUUUGAGAUCGGCAAUUUUAAAUCCGCCCAUAAGAAAAUAAGCGUGAUUGUGCGAAUCACACCGAGGGGUCUAGACAAAAUGCGUAAAAUGUCACGGACAACUUUUCAAAUCGUUUACUUAUACGUGCUGACGCAUCCCUGACGUCACACGCAUAUCCAAUAAGAGAAACCGAAAUUCAUGGUAUGUCAAUUGAAUUUCUCUUCGCAAAGAUUGAUAGAGUGACCCGACAGAAACACCAAGAUUUCACAGUAGACAUGAUCGAAUGAUGGAGGUAAUUUCAACACGCCGGUACGAAGUCCGUCCACCGACAAACACCCAUUCCUCUAUUCUUGUUGACCCUGAGAACUCCGUGGCAUUAGUCAAAGAAGAGGAAUGGGAGACUCGCAAGAAAAAGGAGAUCACGACCACCCGGCAGAUCGAGACCAGGGUGAAACGGCAGGUCGUUCUCGAAGAUGGCGAAGUCGUUGUCGAUUCUGGUCCUCUCGUUACCACGAACACUACCGAGGAUGUCGAGCAACAGGAGCAUACGACUCAAGAGAGACGCACGACCGGGGAUCAACCGCAGGAGGUCGACUGGCGGCCGGCGGCAGGUGGUACUGUGACCGGAAGUGGCGGUAACAUCGUGCAAAAGGAGCUCAAUGAGACGGUGGUGAGAAGUCGCGAGGAGAUCGAGGAGAAGCUUGAGACGGAGGAUUGUCAACAGUUGGGGGACAUCUCGGAUGAAGCAUACCAGAAGGCAGUGCGUAACAAUAGAGGCGACUUGCGAGUCGCUCUUGCUGAAUCUUCGAAGCAGUUGGCGCCGCAGUCCGGUCCACGGGUCAUUCAGCACACAACCAGGUCGAACAAAGUCAUCGACACCGAGAAGACCUUGGAGAAAAAGGAACUGAAGGCUGAUGGAUUAAUCGUUACCGAGAAGAAGCGAACGGUCGAGCACGAAGAGAUCAACGACAACGAGGUUCCGGACAACGGUGAAGACGACGACGACGCCGCGGAAACGAGAAAAGAAGGCUCGCAGAGAUACGUGAAGAAGAGAGAAGAAGACGUGGUAGACUACAUCUCGGCCGGCGAGAGAGUCGGCCGAGAAAUGCGCUACGUUGCAGAGACAACCGAAGGAGAACGAUUAGGCGACUGGUCACCAUCACCGACGGGUAUGCGGACGACUCGUUUCCACAAAUACUCCGGUUUCUCGGACGCCGGGCGAAAAGACGCUUUAACAAAAAAGUCGUUGGAUCUGGAAGAAGAGGAUGAGGCGAGAAAAUUCGAAACGUCCAAAUGGCUAGAGAGUCACUUUGGCAGCGAUUCGCGUUCUUCUCACGGAUCUCUUGAUGCCGAUGAUUCUCCUCUUCCAACCAGCACUAAUACGAGCUACAUCAAUGUCACUAUGAAAUCUUGCAUUCCGAAAGAACGCGAAUAUGAAAACGUAAACUCCAGUCGUCAUCAGAGACGUGGUAGAGAUUCGACCUCACCUUCAGGAUAUUAUCAUGGAAUCAGUGAAUGGUCGGAACGAUAUCAAGGAAGAGAGAAACAAAAUCACGCACGAUCAAGUUCUCCAGUUCAAUAUGUGGAAUCUAUUCGUACCAACGGACAUGCCCAUGGGCAUAAGAGAAAUCCAAUUGACUCAUCAUAUUCGAAAACUUACGAAUCGUUUCGACGCGAGUAUCAAAAUUCUAAGGAGGAACGACGUACACCUUCUCCACCGAUUCGUCGGAGAUCAAAAGAACAAUGGGCAAAAUCUGAAGAAAAGAUUAAUUUGAACGAAUCAUCGCUGGGUCGUACUUCAAGUCCUGUACACGUAGUACAAAGAACCUGGGAGAGUCGCAAUCGCGAUGUUCAAGCACAGACUCCAGAAAGAGACGAUUAUAAGAAUAUUUCGCCGCGAUCGCGAUCAAUCUCACCAAAGUUGCCGACAAUCAAUCGCGAAGAAAAGAAGUCUGACACUUCACGAGGGUCGAAAAAUUGUGGUUCUAAAUAUAAGAUUGGUGAAUCCUUUCGGAAACUGGUGGGGAAAUUACGUUCAGCCAGUACAGAAAGGAAGAACAAGCGAGCAAGUAAUUCGGCCUCGCAAUUGACUCAGACCGAUGACAACGGUCCGACUUAUUUACAAUACAACGUCGUCGACCGGAAUAUUCCGCUCGUCAGCGAAAGAGAUGUGAUAGAGGAUAAACCACCUGAGAGACCGCCGCGGUCGCCGCGAAAUGUUAACGUGCCGAACAAAGUCACCAAAAUAACCACCAAGACGGCCAAUCAAAUCAUUCAAGAGCAAUGGCAACGUAGUGAAUCUACACCGCCGCCUUUACAGAGGUAUUACUUGGGCGAGGAUCCUUUCGGCGGCAGCAUCUACGGUCGCGAAAAAGGGUACGAAGUCGGCAGAGAUCGGCAACGACACGGAAGACCGCGGAGCUCUGGUAGAGUUGCCAUAGAUUCUGAAAACAGCGUUGCCUCCAGCUCCCUCGGCAGGUUUAGCAAAUCCACCAGCAGACUGGUCGGCGAUUACGAAAAAGAGGAGCAGUUCCGGUCCAUCCAAACAUUACCGCGAAAUCUGCACUCCACCGGUGCUGGACAAACGGCUCGUUCGCAGACAACAUCGCAAAUUAGACGACAUCAAGCUGCUCACAUUAGCAGACACGGCAAAAAACCAGGUCAGCAACACAGUAGCAUGAUCAACAUAUCGAUCAAGAACGCAGUGAAUACUCCGUCCAAGUUGAACAUGAUGAGCACGUACAGCACUCUUCAAGCACCGCCGAAACCUGAACGGACAUAUAAAUCUUCGCUAUCGCGCAGCAAAAGCUUUAACGUCGAAGUCGACAAGAACGGCGUCGAUACCUCGACACACGCACCAUAUACCUCUAAUUUGCACCUGAACCGGUUGGACGAACCACCGCCGCUGAAGAGCCCGGGCAUUCUCGCCAGCAUUAGUCGUAGUAACAGAGAUCUUUUAAGAGAAGGUAAAUAUUAAGGUGAUCCCGUCAAUGAUCGUAUAUAUCAAGUUUUAAAUUAUAUUUUCUUCUUUCUCCCCUCUCCUCUUUCUUCCUGAUAAGCAUACGCAAAGAUCUUCCACUUUAGCGUGAGUAAAAAAUUACAGCUCUAAUAAAAUAACAAAUAUAUAU